AUGAAUGAUACUAAUAAACUAAUCAAAUCAAUUUCUGAUGGUGGAAAUUCUAUUAUAAAUUCUGAAUUAAAUACACAACAAUUAUUAACAGAAAAUUUGUUACCAGGUAAAUAUAAUUCUACUAUGGAAAAAUCAAAUAUUCUUAUAAAAAAAUCACAAUCAACAUUUGAAGUUAAAUUACAACCAAAUUCUAAUCUAUUAGAUAAUGAAUAUAAAACAAAUUUAUAUGAUCCAACACAAAUCAAAUCAGAUUAUUUAUUUCCAUCAGAAAUUAUAGAUAUAAUGACUAGUUGUACUAUUGCUGCAUCUUCAAUAGGAUCAUAUUUAUCUAAUUCUAUAACGGAUAAUUCACAAUCAAUCAUUUAUUCAACAAUGAAUAAUACUUUAUUAAAUACAAAUCCAUUCCUUUCAGAUCAAUCAAUCAAUACAAAUACAAAUAUACCAUUAUUUCAACUGAAUCAACAAUUUCAUCAUAGAAAAUCAGAACAAAUUACUAAUCAUUUAGAGAAUAGAACUGAUAUUGAUAAAUAUAUUAAUGAGAAUAAUUUAAGGAAAUUAAAUGAAACCCAAGAUAACUAUGAUAAUGUUAUAUCAAAGGAAAUGAUACACAAUAACAGUAAUAGUAAUAAUAAUCAAAGUGUAAAUUGUAACUAUAAUAAUUUGUCAUGGAUUAAUAAAGAAAUAAAUGAAAAUAAUGAAUUAUUAAUAAAUGAUAAUUCAAUUUCAACUUUAUAUAAUCAUAAUACAUUUUGUUUAUCAGCUAUGAAUGAACGAAUAUCAAAUAAAGAAAAUCAACUUAUUAAUCAAUCGAAAAUAAAGUUUAUUUAA